GUGUGCAAGGCCGGGCGACGGCGAGCGAGCCGCCAGGGGCGUGUGUGCCCGCUGGUCACCGAGCGCCGGGCUCGCCCCUGGCCGGCGCCCCGCCGCCCCCUCGUUGCUCUCCGGCCGCCUCCUUGCACCCCCGGACUUCCCGCGGCCGUGGGUCCGGGCGGGGGCGGGGAGGGCGCCGGGGAGACUCGGUGUCAUCGCCAUCCAUUGUCAGGAGGGGAGGCGAGCGGAAUCCAGCGGCGGCGAGCAGCGAGCAGCUGGGCGGUCACAUCUGGGAAUGCAAAGCCGGCCUCCCCCUCCUCCUCCUCCUCCUCCACCUCCUCCUCCUCGACCUCCUCCUCCUCCUCUCCCUCCUCCUCCUCCUGCUUUCUCACCCCGGAUCACUUCCGAAACCACUUCGCCUUCAGCCCCUGCCUCGGCCAGAGGGAUCUAUUUCAUGGGGAUGUGUUCACGGCAAGAACGCAUUCAGAAGGAUAUCGACGUCGUGAUCCAGAAGUCCAGAGCCGACAAGGACUGCCUGUUUGCAGAUUUCAGGUACUCAGACUCCACCUUUACUUUCACCUACGUUGGCGGCCCCAAAAGUGUGUCCUACUCAGUACACGUAUCUGAAGAUUACCCAGAUAAUACAUAUGUGUCAAGUUCAGAAAAUGAUGAAGAUGUAUUAGUUACUACAGAGCCAAUUCCAGUAAUUUUUCAUCGAAUAGCAACAGAAUUAAGGAAGACAAAUGACAUUAACUGCUGCUUAUCGAUAAAAUCAAAAUUACAGAAGGAAAAUGGGGAGGAAUCAAGACAGAAUAGUACAGUGGAAGAAGAUUCUGAAGGUGAUAAUGAUUCUGAAGAAUUUUAUUAUGGAGGACAGGUGAACUAUGACGGGGAACUGCACAAGCACCCACAGCUUGAAGCCGAUUUGUCAGCAGUGAGAGAGAUCUAUGGGCCACAUGCAGUUUCUCUCAGGGAAUAUGGAGCCAUUGAUGAUGUAGAUAUUGAUUUGCAUAUUGAUGUUAGUUUUCUUGAUGAGGAGAUUGCUGUUGCUUGGGAAGUGAUUCGUACAGAACCUAUAAUUGUGAGACUACAUUGUUCACUUACGCAGUAUUUAAAUGGCCCAGUACCCACUGUUGAUGUCUUUCAGAUUUCCACAAAAGAGCGUUUUGGUUUGGGACAUCAGUUAAAAAAAAUAAUGCAGACAUUUGUCACACAACAGUGGAAACAGAGCAAAGAAAAAUCCAAUUGCCUGCACAAUAAGAAGCUGUCAGAAAAGAAAGUAAAAUCUCCCCUGCAUUUAUUUUCUACCUUGCGCAGGUCGCCAAGUUAUCCUCCCCCCGGUUGUGGUAAAAGCAAAUCCAAACUGAAGUCUGAGCAAGACGGGAUCUCCAAAACACACAAACUGUUGCGGAGGACUUGCUCCAGCACGGUCAAGGCAGAUGACAUGUGCACCACCAAAUCGCAUAGGACCUUUGGUAGAUCUCUGUCGAGUGACCCCAGGGCUGAGCAGGCAGUGGUGACAGUAAAGUCACACAAGCUCUUGAACCGUCCCUGCCCGGCCGUGGGCAAGCAAGAGGACUGCCUCACGCUCAAGUCGCAUAAACUUCUGACUCGAUCUUGUUCUGGAGAACCGCGAUGUGAGCACAAUGCCAACUUGAAGCCUCACAAACUGCUGAGCAGGUCUUACUCCAGUAAUCUCCGGGUGGAAGAAUUAUAUGGAUUGAAGAAUCACAAGUUACUCAGCAAGUCUUAUUCCAGUGCCACCAAGUCCUCCAAAACAGAGCUUUUCAAGGAACCUACUGCGGAGGGCAGGAGGCUCUCUCUUACCUCAGGGCUUAUUGGUAUCUUAACACCAUCUUCAUCUUCAUCUUCCCAGCCCACUCCAAAUGGUGCCAAAUGCAUUCCAAUACGAGACCGUGGCUUCCUAGUGCAGACCAUAGAGUUUGCGGAACAGCGGAUCCCUGUACUGAAUGAAUAUUGUGUGGUUUGUGAUGAGCCACAUGUAUUUCAAAAUGGCCCCAUGCUUAGGCCUACAGUAUGUGAAAGAGAGCUUUGUGUAUUUGCUUUUCAAACCCUGGGAGUAAUGAAUGAAGCUGCUGAUGAAAUAGCAACUGGAGCUCAGGUGGUAGACCUACUAGUAUCAAUGUGUAGAUCUGCAUUGGAAUCUCCUAGAAAAGUUGUCAUUUUUGAGCCAUACCCUUCUGUGGUAGAUCCUAAUGAUCCUCAGAUGCUGGCCUUCAAUCCGAGGAAGAAGAACUAUGAUAGAGUAAUGAAAGCACUGGAUAGCAUAACUUCUAUUAGAGAAAUGACACAAGCACCGUAUCUGGAAAUCAAGAAGCAGAUGGAUAAACAAGACCCUCUUGCUCAUCCUUUACUACAAUGGGUUAUUUCAAGUAAUAGGUCACACAUUGUGAAACUGCCAGUUAACAGGCAAUUGAAGUUUAUGCAUACCCCACAUCAGUUCCUCCUCCUCAGCAGUCCACCAGCCAAAGAAUCCAAUUUUAGAGCUGCUAAAAGACUCUUUGGAAGCACUUUCGCAUUUCAUGGUUCACAUAUUGAGAAUUGGCAUUCUAUUCUGAGGAAUGGUCUGGUUGUUGCUUCUAAUACAAGACUACAGCUUCAUGGUGCAAUGUUCGGAAGUGGGAUCUAUCUUAGUCCAAUGUCAAGCAUAUCAUUUGGUUACUCAGGGAUGAACAAGAAGCAGAAAGUGUCAGUCAAGGAUGAACCGGCUUCCAGCAGUAAAAGCAACAAUUUGUCACAGUCACAGAAAAAAGGACAGCAAUCCCAAUUUCUGCAAAGCCGUAACUUAAAAUGCAUAGCCUUAUGUGAAGUGAUCACCUCACCUGACCUGCACAAACAUGGAGAGAUAUGGGUUGUGCCAAAUACCGAUCAUGUCUGCACACGAUUUUUCUUUGUCUAUGAAGACGGCCAAGUGGGUGAUGCAAAUAUUAACACACAAGAAGGUGGCAUUCACAAAGAGAUCCUGAGAGUAAUUGGUAAUCAAACUGCUACUGGUUAAAGGACCACCACUUAAUUAACAUGAUUUGAAAACCUUCCUCGGGUUCAAAGCUGGAUUUUGAACUGAAGAAGAUGAAAAAAUAAUUUGUUGUUAUUAUAAACAAGCUUAACCCUUUGAAUACUGAUUUUUCUUAGCAUUUCUAAGUAUCUUAAUAAUGCCUAAAAUGGUAUACAAUUUAUCGAUUGUAGGGUUAUGGAAUCUAGUAAUAAAAUUACAGCAACACUUAAACAGAAGUUUGGGUUGCUGACACAAUAAACAAAUUUAAAAAAACAGGUUUGUGCUGAUAUUUUUAUAUUAACACUUUGAUUGGGCAUUUGGUAUUAUAUAAUGACAUUUUAGGUUACCAAAAUAGAACUGAAAACAUUUUAUAAUGGCAUCUAAACCUAUAAGAUACUUUGCAAUAGGUGCGAUGUAGGCACAUUGUAAUGUGCUAUAUAUUAAUGGUAUGUACAUUCUAGUUUGAGGAGGGAUGUUUUCUUUUCUCCUGGGUUUUUUAUUCUUAUGCAAACCAAUUAAGUUUUAGUGAACAAUACUUUGCCCCAAAUUGUGUAAUAUACCUGUGUAUGUAUUCAUGCAGAAAAUAUGAAAAUUACAAUUAUGCAUAUGUGUUAUAUACACAUAAUUUUUAACAAAAGAGAAGGCUCAGCUCCACAAAUUUAUUCUUUCCAUGAAAAGAAAAUAUAAUCAGUAAGCAGUAAGUUUUGAUAUAAAUAAACUAAGAUAUGAGCCAAUUUUGCCACAUUCAUCCACUGAAAAUAUUUGCAAACAUUUUUCUAUUUGUUCAAAUAAUUUGCCUAUUAGUAAAAAUUGAACUCAUUUGCAAUAUUAUCUAAAGGUUAUAAUUUGUGGAACAUAGAUGCCUCUGGUGGAAUAAAUAUAUUCAAAUUAUUGUGUUUAAAAGGAAGUCCUUGAAGUUUAAGCAGUUUAUAUUUUUUUAUU